CAACCCUGCAAACUUCUCCCCCACCCCAACGGUUUCUCACCUUCAUUUUCUUUUUUAUUUUCAGUUUUGCCUACACCUGUGAUCCUCUCUUCCACGAUCCAGUGGUUUUUCCCUUUACAUUGUAGUUUAUUUUUUUUUUCUCUUAGCUAUCUUUCAAACUCACAGCAGAUGCCACUCACCUCUCUCUCGUUCUUCCUACGAUUUUAGGCUGAACCCGCAACACGAAACUCUGUUUUUCUACUCCGAAACAGAGUACCCUGCCAACCACCACGAAAGCCCAGUCCUCCACCCCCCUCUCGGCUGCUCCAUGUCGUGCUUUACCGCCGCGUAUCCUCCAUCCCGCAGUCUCUAUCCCUGACGACUUCUGCUCUAACCACUAGCUCUUUGUCCCUCUCAGUAAGACCCCUGAACCGCCACCUCUCUUCCUCCUCUUCUCUCCAGCAUUCGUCACCCCACUAUAUAGAGCUCGUGCCUCCGUGAACAACCAUCACAAGGUAUCUCCACCCUUCUCGGUUCUUUCCUCAAGUUAGCUUUCUCUCACCGUGUUCUCUUUUUUGUGGGGGUGUUUCGUCUGUGGGGGUGUUUCAAAGCACCGCCUUCGUUUAUUUUUCAUGUUAUCCCCUUUUUUAUGUUUUGAAAGCAAAAUCCGAAAACAUCCUCAAUACUUGUACCUCGUAACUAACUCCAUAUCUCUGUGUUUUUCUAUAUUUCCUGGGCCUUGCUAAUUUUAAGUUUCUCUCCCAGAGAAAACAAACAGCAAGAAGAAGAAUGAGAACGAGCAGGCGGCGAAGGUGAUGCUUCCGAAACCUCAAAGAUCAUCCGGCGAGGUGAGCUCUCAGUUUCUCUCUCCAACGUCAAACAUCACCUCGCAAGAAACAACGGGACUCCCAUCUCCAAACAGUCAAACUUUCUCACCUAUUCGACGCAAACCCAAUGCUUUCACCAAUACUGAUCCCCAUAGGAGCCUCGAGGAAUCCAGAAUCCUACAUGAACUAUGGCCUUCAUUGGCGACCAAAGAAAAUCAUAGAUCACGUCUUGGAGGGUCUAUGAAAUAUACGGGAAAAUUAGCGACCAAAGAAAAUCAUAGACCAAGUCUUGGAGGGUCUAUGAGAUAUACGGGAAAAUUUGCAUUUCCAGGAAAAAGUUAUUCUCAUUCUUCUUAUUGAAUUUGUUUAUUGGUGCCAAGUCACAGUGGACAUUGUCGCGAAGGCGAUCCGGUUCCCUGCCAUUAAUGUUAGUGGAGAGUAAGGGGAAAUCGUUGCCAUUCUCAAGCUUGAAACCUCAGAGCGGUCCCUCGAUGGCAACGAGCGUGGAGAAAUUAAUCAACAUGGGGUUCGACUUGCUUAAACGUAAAAAAACUUCUUCAUCUAGCUUGCUGUCGAAGCGGUCGGGCAAUUUAAAAAACAUUCAUCAACUUUAGCUGCUUCAUAAUCAGUUGCUGCUAUGGCGGUAUGCCAAUGCUAGAGUUGAGGCUGUGAAUGGGAGCAUAACUUUUUAGGCAGAGAGAAAAUUUAUGUGUGCUUGGGAUGCUCUCACAAAGUUGCAGCAUUUUGUGGUAGAGAAAAAAUUACAGGUUGAGAAAGAAAAGCUUGACAUGAUGCUGAACAAUAUACUAUGUUCCCAAAUUAAGCUAUUGGAAGCCUGGGAAGAUAUGGAAAGGCCACACAUAUCAGUAGUUUCCAGGAUUGUUGAGUGUCUGCACAUUGUUGUCAGCAAAGUACCCCUCACAGAUGGUUCAGGUGUGGACAUAGAAUUAGCUAAAAUUACACUUGGAGGGACAUUGGAUCUCACAACUUCCAUCAAGUCGAUUUGUACCAAUCUUGCACCCUCGACUGAAAACACUGUUACCCUGCUAUCCGAAUUAGCAGAGGUUGUUGCUCAAGAAAAUUUUCUUUUAGAGUGGUGUCUGGAACUUCUUAAAACCACAUCUACCCUCGAGCUUCAAGAAAGAAGUCUCAAGUGCAGUAAUAUUCAACUGAAAUUAUUGCGGCAACAACAACAACAACAAAAACAAGAAGAGAUCCCUUUGUAUACACUUGAGGUUUAGCCUUUGCGGACAAAAUUAGUGGAGAUCCGCAUAUAAAUUUUGUGAUAGAACAUAUACAUGUUACUCAAUCUGAUAUUAUCAAUUCCUCCUUCAUCAUGUAUAGAUGAUUCAUUUCCAUCUGAUCUAACAGAUUUAUUAAAGAGUUAUGCUAUACAACUUCCUACUAUUCACUCAACCUCCACACACCAGCCUACGCAU